AUGCCGGGAUCGUGUCAUGCUAACUAUGUCUUUUCAGCACAAUGUUCUGCAGCGACAAACCAUCUCAUCACCAACGCCGUUGUGAAUAUUUCAUCCGACAUGAUGAUAAUUCUCAUACCGAUGCCCGUCUUUUUACAAUCACGUCUCAAGUUGAAGAAGAAACUGAUCCUGAUUGGCGUUUUUGCGCUUGGUAGUUUUUCGAUUCUGUCGGCGAUACUCAGCAAGUUCUACAGCUUUAAUGAACCCUUCGGAUCAACAUGGACACAUUGGUACAUUCGAGAGUCAUCGACUGCCAUCAUUGCCGCCAACCUUCCCCUAACAUGGACUGUCUUCCGUCGGCUCUUUCAUUUAUCAUCAUUCAACAACAGCAGCAAGUUAUCGUCCAAAAAUCUGACCGGACAGCCCGGUUCGACUCUACGAUUCCACGGCCAAGCACAUGGUGGCCGCACCCAAAGCCGCGGCUACAUCAGACAUGACGACGCCAACGAUCAAAGGUGGCUCUCUUCAGUCCUUCUUACAUGA